CUUGAGAACUCAGGGGAUCCGUUCGAGUUUACGAACCCUCAACAGCUUUCGUACUGGACCUGCGUCUACUUUCUCAUUGUGACAAUGUCCACGGUAGGAUAUGGCGACGUUUACUGCCAGACGGUCCUCGGCCGCACAUUCCUAGUAUUUUUUCUACUCGUCGGUUUGGCAAUUUUUGCUAGUAGCAUACCUGAGAUAAUAGAGCUCGUAGGCAGUAGGUCCAAGUACAGCGGCGAAUACAAGCGAGAACAUGGAAAAAGACAUAUAGUCGUGUGUGGCCACAUCACCUACGAAUCAGUCUCACACUUCCUCAAGGACUUCUUGCACGAGGAUCGCGAGGACGUCGACGUGGAAGUUGUCUUCUUGCAUAGGAAACCACCAGAUCUCGAGUUGGAAGGACUCUUCAAACGGCACUUCACCACCGUGGAGUUCUUUCAGGGGACCAUCAUGAACCCCAUUGAUCUGCAACGGGUCAAGGUCCACGAGGCAGACGCGUGUUUAGUACUAGCAAACAAGUACUGUCAGGAUCCAGACGCGGAAGACGCGGCAAACAUCAUGCGUGUCAUCUCUAUCAAGAAUUAUUCCGAUGACAUUCGCGUUAUCAUUCAGUUAAUGCAAUAUCACAACAAGGCCUACUUAUUAAACAUUCCAUCAUGGGACUGGAAACAGGGCGACGACGUAAUCUGCCUAGCCGAAUUGAAGCUGGGUUUCAUCGCACAGUCCUGUCUUGCACCGGGUUUCAGCACGAUGAUGGCCAAUCUCUUUGCUAUGCGUUCCUUUAAGACGUCGCCGGAUACUCAGGCGUGGCAGAAUGAUUACCUGCAGGGCACGGGCUGCGAGAUGUACACGGAAACCCUCUCCCCGUCCUUUACCGGGAUGACAUUCCCCCAAGCCAGCGAGUUAUGCUUCACGAAGUUGAAGUUGUUGCUGCUGGCAAUCGAGAUAAAGGGUGAAGGAGGCUGCGAUAGUAAGAUUUCAAUUAAUCCACGCGGUGCCAAAAUCGUUGCGAAUACUCAGGGAUUCUUCAUUGCUCAAUCUGCUGACGAAGUGAAACGGGCGUGGUUCUAUUGCAAAGCAUGUCACGAGGAUAUUAAAGACGAAACUCUUAUCAAGAAAUGCAAGUGCAAAAAUUUGGGGCAGCAGCAGCGCUACUGGGGCCGGGAUUUAGUGGCCACAUUCCGGAAAGGCGUGCGAGCUGUUCAAAUUGUUGGAAGAGCAAGUGAAGACUUCUCGUAUCCAAACGACCACCAUCCUCCCCCCACAUUCACUCCGCCAGAACUGCCCAAGAUGGUUCACGUAAGAGGUGAGAUUAGUCGUGACCGAGAUGACCCGAACGCGAUGAGAAAUCACCGGAAUUCCGUUGGAAUGACUAUGAUGAAUUCAACGAAACAGGUGAACAAGGUGAAACCGAAUGUGAAUCGAACGACGAACGAUAGUUUAUCCAGUCCAAAUCAACCGUACAAUCAGAGAUCGCAAGAGGAGUCCACAUACCCUGGCUACCAUCUCGCCUACGAAGUCAAAAAACUCAUGCCAACAAGCAGAGCCUCGGGCGGCACGAACGUGAAUAAUAAUGGCGGUCUUCAAGUCGGAAUUGCCGACGAUCAAGCGAAGGACUUUGAUUUUGAAAAGACCGAAAUGAAGUACGAUUCAACGGGUAUGUUCCAUUGGAGUCCAUCCCGCAACCUUGAAGACUGCAUACUGGAUCGUAAUCAGGCGGCUAUGACGGUUCUCAAUGGACACGUGGUUGUCUGCCUAUUCGCUGAUCCUGACUCACCUCUCAUCGGACUGAGAAACCUUGUCAUGCCAUUACGAGCUUCCAAUUUUCAUUACCACGAGCUUAAACACGUAGUGAUAGUUGGGUCUGUGGAUUACAUCCGCCGUGAAUGGAAGAUGUUGCAGAAUCUACCGAAAAUAUCGGUGUUGAACGGUUCACCAUUAAGCAGAGCAGAUUUACGUGCCGUUAACGUAAAUUUGUGCGACAUGUGUUGUAUCCUGUCGGCUAAAGUGCCUAGCAACGAUGACCCUACCCUCGCCGACAAGGAAGCCAUCCUCGCGUCCCUUAAUAUCAAGGCUAUGACAUUUGACGACACCAUUGGAGUGCUCAGCCAAGCAAAUAAUGAGCAAGGUAAUUUGACCGCAGUUGGCAGCCCAAUCGUUUUGCAGCGACGAGGAUCCGUGUACGGAGCAAACGUGCCAAUGAUAACAGAACUCGUAAACGAUAGCAACGUGCAGUUCCUUGACCAAGACGACGACGAUGAUCCGGACACAGAACUGUAUCUAACUCAACCGUUUGCUUGCGGUACUGCCUUUGCCGUCAGUGUAUUAGAUUCAUUAAUGUCGACGACGUAUUUCAACCAGAACGCGCUGACUUUAAUCCGAUCUCUCAUCACUGGUGGAGCAACACCCGAGUUAGAAUUAAUUCUCGCUGAAGGAGCAGGUUUAAGAGGCGGUUACAGUACACCCGAUAGUCUAGCCAAUAGAGAUCGAUGUCGUGUUGGUCAAAUCGCGUUAUACGAUGGGCCAUUAGCCCAGUAUGGCGAAGGAGGCAAGUACGGUGACCUCUUUGUCGCAGCAUUAAAGUCGUAUGGAAUGCUGUGUAUUGGUCUAUACAGGUACAGGUUUCGAGAUACCAGCUCAUCGUGCGAUGCUUCGUCUAAGCGAUAUGUCAUUACAAACCCUCCGGAUGAUUUCACAUUAUUGCCUACAGAUCAGGUUUUCGUGCUGAUGCAAUUCGAUCCAGGUCUGGAAUACAAGCCGAGCAGGGGAGCUCGGGGAAAGGAUGACGCCUCCUGACUGUUGCUGUG